AUCUCAUAAUUGUUGACGGUAGGUCAUAUAUUUAAAUCUGCACAUAAACGAUACUUCACGAAGGUUUAUAGUAUCUUAAAGUGACUGAAUGUCUAAACGAAAAUGGUGGUUCUAAUAAAAUUUACGCAUUUGAUACAGAAUAUGAACAAAUUCCUACUGUUUGGAAUAUUAUUUCUAACACGGACAUCUGAAAGCCGAACAUAUGACAUGGAGGACUAUUGUGGAAAGGAGCUAAGUAUGAUCCUUGAGUCGACUUAUCAGCUGAAGCUUGAACUCUCGGACAAGCAUAUUUACGAUCGAGAGUGGUCAAGCAGUUGUGAGACAACAGUAGAAGCCUGGAACACACCGUAUAGAAAACUGAUGUUCUACUUUGAUGACCUUGAUCUUGAUUGCGAUGAUGGUCAUUUAGAAUUUUUCGUUGGUCAAAGAAGUAAAACAAGGAUGACCGGCUUAGAGAAAAAUAUCUGCGGGGAAAAUAAAAAAUCUCGUGAAGUAUUUACAGUCGAUGCCAGAUAUCUUCGAAUAAGAUACGUUCCCAGAAAGAGUCAAUCGAACAGUGACAUAUUUUCAAUGAUUGUUACAUCUUACAGUGACGACAAGUGUCCGAGUAAUGCUUACGAAUGUGACAACUCACGUUGCAUCAAUAACGAUAUUGCAUGUGAUGAGCACGAUUCCUGCGGUGACGGGUCCGGCUGCGAUGAUGACGUCACUGAUGCUGGUUUCAUCAUUGGCGUUGUCAUUGGAGGAUUAGUUGUGUUAGCGUUCAUUAUCAGCGUGAUCGUCUGCUGUAUUUGUUGUAAAAGGAAGACUGCAAAAGCUCAAGGGACAGUUCAGUAUCAGGACAACUCCGUUGCUACAGCAGCUACAAAUGCUACUUCCGGUCAACGCCAAGGAUAUAGUCAACCAGUCUAUGGAGAACCUAAUACCAACAGACAGACACAGUAUCCAGUCGCCUCAACAAGUAUUCUACCAACAACUCCAGUAGCAUCGGGGUAUCGAGCUACUUUCCAAGAACCUGUUCCAGUAUUAUCGUACGGACAACAACGUAUUUCACCACCACCAUAUUCGGAAAUCUUCGCACAGUCUGACCACAAAGCGACAUCCGGUCCUUAUACUUCCGCAAGCAAUAACAAACACGAGUAAAUAAACUUUGGCAGUGCACGUGAACCACGUGCAUACGGCAAUGCAAAGCAAGCAUCUCGGAAAUGUUAACUUAGAUGAUCAUGUCACCUGUGAUUUUAUUGUAAUUUUUGACAUAAUCAUGAUAAUUCGUAUGUUAUCCGCAGACUGCGGGUUCGAUAGUCCAAUAAUAAGAUGCCGGACAACGUAGAUAUUAAGCAACUUUUUGUAAACCGAUAUAAAAUAAGGAUUUCAAGAUAAAGUUGAAGUUUAGUUCAUGAUAUUUGAU